AUGUUCCGCUGUGCAGACAAGGAUGCAUCCGGACUCCUGAGCUUCACCGAGAUGUCCGUCAUUCUUCGAGAAGGAAACCCAAGUUUGACGGACAAGGAGUUGGCCAUGCUCUUCCGAGAGAUCGACACCAAUGGCGACCUGACCGUGGACUUCAAGGAGUUCGCCAGAUACCUGAACUCGAAGAGUGCGGCCAAGCUCCAGAAGACCAAGUCCCGGGAGCAGGUCGUGGCGGAGCGUUGCAAAGAGGAGUUCCGGAAGGUGGAUGACAACAGCGAUGGUAAGCUGAGCCGGGAGGAGCUAACGGCGCUCCUGCGGAAGGGAAAUCCAGAGAUUGACCAGAAAGAGCUGGACUUCCUCUUCGACACAGUGGACAAGGACGGCAACGGCCAACUGGACUUCGACGAGUUCACCGACUACAUCACGGGCGCGGCGUCUAUGCCCAUCACGUCCCGCCUGCUCCAGGAGGACGUAGGCCCUGAGCCUGACCUGCCUUCCUGGAGCGAGACAGUGCCCGUGCCGAAGGCGUACCUUCAGCAGUCCAUCAUACCCGCCGAGCUCCGCGGUGUUUCGCGUGAGCAGCUCGCUGAGCUCAUGGCUCUGGUCGUCGAGGUCUUCGACAAGUGUACCGUCACCAAUGGGACCGAGACCCUCACCCUCCCGGGCCUUGACAUGUUCGGCCUCGUGGCCAAGUUCUUGAAGCCCAUCACCGCAAAGUUCCGGUGUUCCUUUGGGGAGCUUGUCAAUCGGGAGCCCAAUGAGCCCACGUGGUUCAUCAGCCACUUUUGGGGGACGCCGCUGUUGCAGACAGAGGAGAUGCUGAAGCAGCACGCGGCCCAGAGGAAAAUACGGAAGCAGACUCCCCUGUGGAUUGACGCCUUCGCCACCUGCCUCCACGACCCAAUGCAGGUUUUUCCCAGUCCGAAGGAUCUGGAGCAGGCGCCCUUCUGCAAGGUCUUGCUCAGCCCGCGCUGUGAGGGGACACUCCUCCUCUUGGACAGCACCGGUGCAGCCUUGGAGCGGACGUGGUGCUUGCUGGAAGUCACUCUGACCCUGGACCUUCCCAAGGACAAGGGUGCCUUUCACGCCUUCGACGUGGCGGCCUGGCUUCCCGAUGAGGAGAAGGUCGCGAUCCUGCAGGACACGGGCUCCAGCUUCGAAGACACCCAGACCGCCGCAACCUUUCCGGUGAACCUCUACAUCAAGGGUUACAAGGUGGCCGUGAACAAGUCGGGGGCUAGCUUGGAGGAGAACACGAAGCGAAUCCUACACUUCCUGGCCAGCACGCCGGCCGAUCGUUGGGAUAAGGUGAAGCCUCCUGCCGAGUGCAAGGGCUACUCCGAUGUUGAUGCGCGCAUCCAGCGCAGAUUCGUCCCGGGAGCCCUUGCUGCAGCGGCGAUGUUGGAUGACGAGAAGACCCUGAGAAAGAUUCUCUCUGAGCACGGGGACUUCAAAGAGAGCACCACAGCCAACGGGUUCCGGCCCAUGCAUGUCGCCGCGCAGAAGAACUGCAUGACGGCCCUCAAGACACUCGUGGCUGUCAAGUGCGACCUGGAUGCACCCAGCAAAGGUGGGCAGACGCCGCUGCACGUGGCCGCAAAGGAGGGGAGCGAGACGGCGGUACAGCUCCUGCUCAAGGCCCGAGCGGACAUGAAUGCGCUGGCCGAGGGGCAGACUCCAUUGCACGCCAGCAUCGAAGGCGCGCAGAUCACCGUCACCGGCACCUUACUCGACUUUAAGGCGGACGCGAACAUGGCACCGCUCGGGCAGUACACUCCCCUCCAGAUGGCAGCGCGAACUGACCAGGCGGCGAUGUGCGGUUUGCUCCUGGACUUCAAAGCCGAUCCUCUCCAGACCUCGCCGGAUGGCCAGGAGCUACACCAGAUGGCGGAACCCAAGUCCAAGCUUCAGGAGACGCUGAAGCUGGCGGAGGACCAGGCCAAGGCCGGGCUCCGCCGGAGCCGGCGCCCUUCUGUGUCCGAAGCCAAGUUGGUGAAGGAUUUGUCCACAAUUUGCAGCGAGUCCGUAAAGACCGGGAGGGCGAAGUCAAGUCGAGGUGAGUGA